CCAGACUUUACUUAUGCGUCUGCGCGGUGCAGCCAAUUCUUGCAUUUGCUGGCCUUCGCAAGAGAGAAAGCAAGAUGAGGUCGCUGUUUGUGUUGGCUGUGCUGGUGCUGUUCUCUGCGGCUCGUGGCGAGGAAGGGGCGCGUCUGCUGGCCUCCAAGUCUUUGCUGAACCGCUAUGCUGUGGAGGGGAGGGACCUCACGCUGCAGUACAACAUCUACAACGUGGGCUCCAGUGCUGGUCUGGAAGUCGAGCUGUCCGAUGAUUCCUUCCCCCCGGAAGAUUUCGGGAUUGUCUCCGGAAUGUUGAACGUGAAAUGGGACCGGAUUGCUCCGGCCAGCAAUGUGUCUCACACCGUGGUGCUGAGGCCACUGAAGGCAGGCUACUUCAACUUCACCUCCGCCACCAUCACCUACCUGGCGCAGGAGGGAGGCCAGGUCGUGGUGGGGUACACCAGCGCACCAGGACAGGGUGGGAUCCUGGCUCAGAGGGAGUUUGACAGGAGAUUCUCUCCUCACUAUCUUGAUUGGGCUGCCUUUGGGGUCAUGACCCUGCCUUCCAUCGGGAUCCCCCUCCUUCUCUGGUACUCUAGCAAGAGGAAGUACGACACCCCCAAAACCAAGAAGAACUGAGCCCCAGACCCCCCUCCCAUCCAAGCAUCCAAGCCAAA